AUGGCGGAAAACAAAGGAGGAGGAGGAGGAGGCGGCGGCGGUGGCGGCGGGGAGGGGGCUGGAGAGGCCGGGCCGACGGGGGGUGGUCCCGAACCUGCCGCUGCGGCGUCGGCUGUUGUUGUCACCUCCGCGGCGGCAAUCGCAUCCCCGUCUUCUCCGGCCCCUAUCCAGCUCGAAGAAAGGGAAAGCCCUGCCGCGGCGAUCCUGGCUGCGGCGGCGGACAAGGGCCCAGGGGAGGCGGAGGCCGCGGCGCCGGUUGUGGUAAGCGUAGGCCCGAGCUCCACUUCUAUCCCGGCGCCUCUGGGCCCCAGCCCCGCUCCCCCCGCUCUGUCCAGCGCUGCGCCGGGCCCGCUGUCGCUUCUAGACACCUGCGCAGUGUGCGCGCAGAGCCUGCAAAGCCGGGAGGCCGAACCGAAGCUGUUGCCUUGCCUUCAUUCCUUUUGCCGCCGCUGCUUGCCGGAGCCCGAGCGCCAACUCACGGUGCCGGUGCCCGGCGGUGCCAACGGGGAUAUCCAGCAGGUUGGUGUGAUCAGAUGCCCAAUUUGUCGCCAAGAAUGCAGACAGAUAGAUUUGGUGGAUAAUUAUUUUGUCAAAGAUACAUCUGAAGUACCAAGCAGCUCUGAUGAGAAAACUGAACAGGUAUGCACCAGUUGUGAUGACAAUUCUAGUGCUGUUGGGUUCUGUGUGGAAUGUGGAGAAUGGCUUUGCAAAACCUGUAUAGAAGCUCAUCAACGUGUAAAAUUUACAAAGGACCAUAUGAUCAGAAAAAAAGAAGAUGUAUCUUCAGAAGCUGUUGGAGCAUCUGGUCAACGUCCUGUUUUUUGUCCUGUGCACAAACAAGAACAGUUAAAACUUUUCUGUGAAACCUGUGACAGGCUGACGUGCAGAGAUUGUCAGUUACUGGAACACAAAGAACAUAGGUAUCAGUUUUUGGAAGAGGCAUUUCAGAAUCAAAAAGGUGCUAUCGAGAAUCUCUUAGCGAAACUCCUUGAAAAGAAGAAUUAUGUUAACUUUGCAGCUACUCAAGUACAAAAUAGGGUAAAAGAAGUAAAUGAAACUAACAAACGAGUAGAACAGGAAAUCAAAGUGGCUAUUUUUACCCUCAUUAAUGAAAUCAAUAAAAAGGGAAAAUCUCUCUUACAACAGCUUGAGACUGUGACAAAGGAGAGACAGAUGAAGUUACUACAACAACAGAAUGAUAUCAGUGGUUUAUCAAGGCAAGUGAAGCAUGUGAUGAACUUCACUAAUUGGGCCAUUGCAAGUGGCAGCAGCACUGCAUUGCUUUAUAGCAAGCGACUGAUCACUUUCCAGCUGCGACAUAUUUUAAAAGCACGAUGUGAUCCUGUUCCAGCUGCUAAUGGAGCAAUUCGCUUCCAUUGUGAUCCUACAUUUUGGGCAAAGAACGUAGUCAACCUAGGUAAUCUUGUUAUUGAAAAUAAGCCAACACAAGGUUACACUCCUAAUGUAGUAGUGGGACAAGUUCCUCCAGGUACAAAUCAUAUCAACAAACCUCCAGGGCAAAUUAAUCUUGCACAGCUUCGGCUCCAGCACAUGCAGCAGCAGGUGUUUGCGCAACAAAAACACCAGCAGUUACAGCAGAUGAGGAUGGGGCAGCCUGCAGGGCAAAUCGCACGCCAGGCAGGUCCACAGAUGCUUCAGCAACAGCCUCCACGGUUGAUAAGUAUGCAGACCAUGCAGAGGAGUAUGAAUUGCGGUGCUUUCCAAGCUCAUCAGAUGAGAAUGGCUCAGAAUGCAGCUCGUCACCCAGGGAUACCACGCCACAACGGGCCCCAGUAUUCUAUGAUGCAGCCACACUUACAGAGACAACAUUCAAAUCCAGGACAUGCAGGUCCCUUCCCAGUUGUUUCAGUACAUAACAAUACUAUCAAUCCAACAAGUCCUACAACAGCCACCAUGGCAAAUGCUAAUCGUGGUCCAACAAGCCCAUCUGUAGCAGCAAUAGAGCUUAUUCCAUCUGUAACUAACCCAGAAAAUCUACCUUCCUUGCCAGAUAUUCCUCCCAUACAGCUAGAAGAUGCUGGUUCCAGUAACUUAGAUAAUUUACUAAGUAGAUAUAUCGCAGGUAGCCAUCUACCUCCUCAACCCAUAAGCAGUAUGAAUCCCUCUCCUGGACCCUCAGCACUAUCUCCGGGCUCAUCAGGUUUAUCCAAUUCUCAUACUCCUGUGAGGCCACCCAGUACAUCCAGCACAGGGAGUAGAGGCAGUUGUGGCUCAUCAGGCAGAACCGUUGAGAAGAACAAUAUUAGCUUUAAAUCUGACCAUGUAAAAGUUAAACAAGAACCUGGCACAGAGGAAGAGGUGUGCGGUUUUUCAGGACCUGUGAAGCAAGAAAAAACAGAAGAUGGCAGGAGAAGUGCCUGCAUGCUUAGCAGUCCUGAAAGCAGUUUGACGCCACCACUUUCUACAAGCUUACAUCUGGAAAGUGAGUUAGAAGCACUGGGAAGUAUAGACAACCAUGUAAAAACUGAACCAACAGAAUUGAAUGAAAGCUGUAAACAGUCUGGACAUGGUCUUGUAAAUGGCAAAUCUCCAGUACGUAGCCUCAUGCACCGAUCUGCCAGGGCUGGAGGAGAAGGCAACAAUAAAGAUGAUGAUCCGAAUGAAGACUGGUGUGCUGUGUGCCAAAAUGGGGGAGACCUUUUAUGUUGUGAAAAGUGUCCUAAAGUUUUCCAUCUGACAUGUCAUGUACCUACUCUCCUCAGCUUUCCAAGUGGAGAAUGGAUAUGUACCUUUUGUCGAGAUCUUCUCAAACCUGAGGUAGAAUAUGAUUGUGAUAAUUUGCAGCACACCAAGAAGGGGAAAACUGCACAAGGAUUGAGUCCUGUGGACCAAAGGAAAUGUGAGCGCCUCCUACUUUAUCUAUAUUGCCAUGAGCUGAGUAUUGAAUUCCAAGAGCCAGUUCCAGCCUCGAUACCAAACUACUAUAAAAUAAUAAAGAAACCAAUGGAUCUAUCUACAGUAAAGAAAAAACUGCAGAAGAAACAUUCACAACAUUAUCAGACACCUGAAGAUUUUGUGGCAGAUGUUCGGCUGAUCUUCAAGAACUGUGAAAGGUUUAAUGAAAUGAUGAAAGUUGUUCAAGUUUAUGCAGAAACACAAGAGAUUAAUUUGAAGGUUGAUUCAGAAGUAGCACAGGCAGGGAAAGCAGUUGCAUUAUACUUUGAAGAUAAACUUACAGAGAUAUACCCAGGCAGGAUCUUCCAGCCUUUACCUGAAUUCGAGCAAGAAGAAGAUGAUGCUGAAAUAACUGAUGAUUCAGAUGAAGAUUUUAUACAACCACGUAGAAAACGUCUAAAAUCAGAUGAAAGACCGGUGCAUAUAAAGUAAACUGAUUAAAUGGACCCAAACUAUUGUAAAGAAAAACAUAUUUAAAUGUUCCUGGGAUAUUAUCGUGGCUUUAGUGGCCAUUUUAUUGAUAGUGUUCAGACAGUAUUAGAUUACAAAAAACAUUUGUACAGAAACAUUCUUGUCUAAGGGGGGAAAGCUUUCAACCUCUGUUAUUGCUCUUGUGUUUUGUGGAUUUUUUUUGUGCUGGAUUUUUAUUUUACUUUUUCACUCCUUCAUUUACAGUCGUUUGAGAUUAUUAACAUUCAUUCAGGAACAAGUUUUUAUAUGAUGACAUUUGUAUGAACAAUGCAUUUUUGUCACUACCUAAUAAUAACUAUUUCUGUAGGAUUGGACCAAGACAGAUCAUAUUUCACAUUCAUAUUGGGUUGUGGUUUAAAUUCUAAGCAACCUUUCUCUUCAUGUAACCAGAUCUGCUGGUUGUGUGAUUUUCUUUUUGAUAUUCAACAUCUUAUCCAAGUGAUAUUGCAAGUAUCAUACUUCAUUGGGUCAAAUAGCCAGGCUCUGCAGUCUUUUAUUAUGUAUAGAAGUAUCAUAACAUCAUUAAAUCAUCUUGAAUUUGAGAAUGCAGGAGUGCGAGUUCUUCAUAUGUGCUUUAUUGACUUUGGUUGCAAUUCAUGUUUUUAAGUAGGAUUCAUAAUAUUAAAUGGAAGUCCCAUGCACAAUACACCUCAGCAACAUUUUUUGGGGGUAUUUUGUCUAUUUCUCUUCCCUUUUAAGGCAGGAUGUUGGCUACAAAACCAACUAAAAUAUAGAUUUUAGUACUUUCAGAACUAGCCUAUGAUGUUAAUAACUGGUGACUGUCCAGUCUUCCCUACUAACAGUUUCUGAUAGACUACUAUCAGCAAACUAGUACCUUUGUCAACUACCAAAUGUGUAAACUUUCCUGUAUUCACUCUGUCUUAUUUGUAAAUAAUGGUACUGUAAAUUCUUUCAGGCAGCAACAUUUGCUGGACUGUUUUUAAGCUAAUAUGUAUUCUUACUAAUGUUCCUAAUCAAGAACAGAUUUUAAUAUGCUCUUUGUUUCUUAAGCAGUUCAUAAUUUGAAGUUCUGUAUUAUUUUGUUAGAUCUAUUCAGUUUUCUUCAGAAGCAGCUUAAAUUGAAGAAAAUAAUGUGCCCUUUCAGGCUAAGUUACUUGUCUAUUCUUAAAUCUAGAAAAUGGACCAGCAUAUCAGACAAGUAACUAGUUGAAUAAUAAUAUGCAGUUAUCCGUGCAUAACAAAGCUCUUCGAAGACAAGAAAAAUCUGCAUUAUUGUAAUUCAAUGUCAAACAGGUAAAAAUCCUUAUAUGCUUGGUGUAGGUCUGUAUUAAACUAUUUCAAACCCUUAUAUAGAAUAUUUUUAUGCCUGUUUCAAAAAGGCAAACUAUAAUGAGGUAACCAAAACAUAAGCUUUACUGUGACAUUAAGUGUAUUGAUUAUGGCCAAUAGUUCACAGUAUAUGAAGAAUUGAUCUAUACAGUAGAGUUGAAUAGUUUCUAUUUUCCAGUGUAUUCCCAGUGAUUCCAAUGCCUGACUUCAAUUUUCCCUGAAAGAGGCAGAAAGGAUGGUUCUCUAACAUGAAAGUAAUUAAAGAUAUUUAUGACUUUAAUUCACUUUCUUAGAUAAACAGUAUAUUAAAAAUGAAAGGAGUCUAGGAAUUUAUUUUCACAAAAGGUUUUAUUUAAAAAAUCAAUUCUAAAUUGUAUGUUUUAUGAAUAUAUAUUAGUCUACAUUAUGACCAAAUUAAAUUUAGAGAAGUCAGUUCAGAGAGAUUGAAAGCAAAUUUCAUGAUCAUAGCUGUUGUUUCCACAUAUAAGGGUGAAUGGGAGGAUGUUCCCUCUCAGUGUGUUUACUCUCCGACAAGUUCUGAAAAAAUGUCCACCUACGCAGUUAUUGCAAGCAUCAAAUGCAAGAACAAAAUGCUAAAUCACCGUUGGAUGAAAUAGUACUUCUUAUGUAUACUGAAGUUCUUCAUAUCUCAAUUUAAAAUGAAUGAAACUAUUUCUUAAUUAAAUUGAAUAUAUGCAGAUUCUGCAAAAGGGAACUGGUAUUGAGCUAAUUUAGUUUCUUUCCCAUUCUGAAACUGCAAUGGAAAAGUAAUAGAUUUAAGUAUAUUAAAUUAUAUGAAAACCUUUUUUACUUUUUUGCAAAAACAAUUUGAGACAUUAAAUUGAUUAUCUGCUACCUGAAACAUAGUAGAUAAUAACAUUCUGCAUAGACUCUAUAAGUCUAUAUAAAUUGCUAGAAUCAUUUCUUGAAGAAUAUAUUCAUAGCUGGAAAUGAUGUGCAGUCUUGAUGAGCUUUUCCCAGUGAUGGUAAGAAGUAUAUCACAAUAGAACUUCUGUCACUUUUACAGCUGAAAAGAAGCCUAUGAUUGGCACAUCACAGGCAUCUGUGCAAUUAUUGAGCUACAUUGGGUUUGAAAACAUAGUUUAUUUUGGAGUAUGUUCCUCAUAUAUCUACUUUCUAGUGAAUAAUGGGGCUUUCCUUGCAUGUGAACUGGAUUUACCUGGGCUUCAUAAAUUACAAUGUAACUUAUAUCUGAUAUGGUCCCAAAGGAUUUUGUCGUAUAAUUUGACUUUUUAAACUAUGACUUCAAAUAUUCUUGCUAAAAAACAAAACAAAAAACUCUUUCCCUGGUUGUAUAGGUUCCAAACAUUUAAGUUAAUCCAAAGAAGAAAAAGGCAGCUUACUUUGAAACAGGAAGGAUAACAAAUGUACAGCGUGCUGAUUGUGGACUUCUCAAUUACCUCAGCAGGUCCCCUGCCUUGUACUUACUAGUGAUUAGUGUUAGUUUAACCAGCUAAGUAUGUUCAGGUCUUACUUAACUGUGGCCGGCAAUUAAGUGUCCUAUCAUAUAUUAUUAAGGCUGAUUUACUAUCCAAAAAGGGUGGCUUUGCCCCUAGCUUUUAAAGUAGAUACUGUAUGCUGUAAAAUGUAGAUAGCCUUUUUCAUGAGAAAAAUUCCCAUUAAUAAUAUUUGAGGUGGCAUUGACUGUCAGCGUACUCAACACUGGAUAGAAGAGCAGAAUGUUUUAUAAACAUUUCUGCAAGCCACUGCAUCAAAGUAGUAUUUUUUAAUGAAUCAUCCCAAUUUGCCAUUCUGUUGUAUAAUGUAGUUUUAUUAGCCAGUCCCAUUUACGUGAAAGUUAUGGCAACACUAUCUUGAAGUUGAAAAUGUUACGUGCUGGAUGUAGGCUUUCUCUCUUUCCACUUCUCCUUAGCAAAAAAGCAAUAAAACUGCUUUGUCUGUUGCCUGUUUAGCAUGGCAGGAGUCCAUUUCCUUUGGGAGUGGUUUUAUAGGAAAGUUUUUGUAUGUGUAUCACCCAAGUCUAGCUUUUAACAAAUAAAGUGUGCAGUUAUAGUGUGGCAUUUUAUUUUAAAAAUUGGGGAAAGUUAACAUAUUUUUUUAAGAAGUAGGUGUUUCAGUAAAUAAUGGAGGUACUUUUUUAAAAACUUUAUAUGCCACAAUUUACAUAGACCUAUUUCAAAGUAAUUCAUAAGAUUGUGAUUUUGGAUAUGGCCACCACCUCUUUGCUUCAGUGAUGCAUGUGCAGUAACUCCACUCAUUUGUUGUUUUUUGUGUCCGCCUAUCUGCUAAUCUACUUUUAAAAUGCAUCCUAAUCAAAAUUGUUUUGAAAAAUUGAAGUUAUUUUGAUUUCUUAAUUUAGUAGCUGAUUUGACAAUGAUAACACACAACUUUCUCUUUUCUAUUCAAUUCUUUUCAAGUAGGGAGCUGCUCUUUUCUUUUAAAAUGAUCUGUGACUUUGUAUAAACAAAUUCAAAGAAUUUUAUAGAUCUCUCACACGUUUCAGCAUUCCCGUAGUGUGAACAUAAAUUUUGAAAUGGAAAAUGAUGCAUGUUAAAGGCCUGCCAAUGUAGGCGUUUGUUAAUUCAAAAUGCCAUUAAACAUGUAUAUAUGAGGUCGAUAAAGAUUUGUGCAAUUGAAAGCCUGUUUUAAUUUUAUAUGUAAACAUACAAAUCAAAGGGUUCAAUUCCCAGUAUUCCUUCUUUCUGGUAAUUAAAACUGGUACUUUUUGCACAUAGUUAACUUUACUGAUUCUUUUUAAAAAGUGCUGUUUCUGUGGUAUUGUAUUCUCUGAAUAAUAUUUAAUUUUUUUAACAAGUUAACGUUUCUAAUUGUUCAGUUCCUGUGUUUUUUGGCUGAUGUGUAAUAAAAGCAUUUUUCUUUACAUGAUUAUUUAAUACAUUUAGCAACCUGUAAAUAUUUCUUGUUAAGUGCUCUGGAAUGUGGUGUAGCAAUUGUAUUAGAACAGUUUUAAAAAGCAUUGUUUUGAAAACCACUUUGUUUUGGUUAUUUCUAUUAAAUUAGAAAAGGAA